AUGCGCAAUGCGAAGAGAUUUAUUCCUCAUGAGGGAAAACUCGAAUCAGUUUCCCUCAACGGAAGCCCUACCACUCCCUCUCUCUCCUUCCUACAUCCUCUUACGGGUGAUUUCACGGUUCAACACUCAUGCAACGGUUUAUUGUUGAUCAAGUACUACAAACAAAUUGUUGACAAUCGUUUCAAAGCACAAUACCUCGUUUGUAACCCGACCACGCAGAAAUUCCAUCUACUUGACUAUAAUGUCAAUGAGCAAUACCGCGAUGGCUUUUCUUGCUUAUUAUGUUGGUUAGCUUUCGAUCCAUCGAAAUCGCCUCACUACAAAGUUGUCAUGCUUACUAGUCUCUAUUAUUGCGCCCCCCCUAAUUGGGAAGUGGAUAUCUAUUCAUCGGAGACCGCGUGGUGGAAGAAGAUAUUUCUACCAAACGAAGAGACGAGCGGUAUUUAUAGCAAGGGUGCCUUUUGGAAUGGAGCAAUCUAUCGGCUAUGUCACCACCGAUAUAAUCUAUGGAGGUUUGACAUUGAGACAGAGGAGAUUAUUGGGAUUCCAUGCAAGCAAGGUAGUAGUAGAAUUUCCUCUCAAUUAAACACUAGGUAUUUUGGAGAAUGCGGCCGUGGUGGCCGUUUGCUUCUGAUUCAGAGUCCGUCGCAUUCUGCUUUGAGGUUCAAAAUCCGCAAGAUGGACAAGGACGGCUGCCGUUGGAAUGUCAAGUGUUGGAAUGUCAAGUUUCGGGUCGAUCUCGAGACCUUGAUAUCUGAAUUCCCUGAGAUGGAAAGUAAAAAGCGGAUGAAAUUUACGAUUAUGUGCGCUGUCGAGGGAGAGAAUGAAAAUGAAUUUUCGCUCAUCUUGGCUAUCCCAGGUAAAAUGAUUUCAUAUAAUCUGCAGAAAAAGACUUGGAAAGUACUUCGCGACAAUUCGGAAAAUGUGCCGCCCCGUGAUGCUAAUAUUUUUCCGUUUGUUGAAAGCCUAUCCCCAGUUUGA